CGAGGGUGCAGCCGGGUUUCGUGGACCAGGGCACCGGCAGGGCUCCCCUGGGACUGACCGAGGACGAUUUAAACUGCGCUGGAACUUUGGCUAUAUAUAUGCCUUGUUUCCUGAGCCCACGGGAAGCAUGAGUCUGUUGGGACUUGGGACAAGAAGAAAACAAGACGUCUUCACAAGGAAAACCAGACACUAACAAACAGUUUCCCAAGGUCUGGAGAGAGACGACACAGCCAUGGCGUCCAGAGGUCUUGGGGACACUCCAGAGGACUCUCAAAAGGAUUUGGAAAAUCCAUCAAUAAAUUCUCAGGCACAGGAGACCACAGUGACAGCAAGUACCACCAAAGAAUCUCAGACCCUAAGCCCUACCUCUGGUCUCAACAAAAACCACCAAGAGGUAGAAACAAUAUAUUCAGGAAGCGCAGAUACAGGUGACCAAUCAGAAAGUCCAGAUGAAACAAAUGAUGGGAAAUAUCCAAAGGAUAAAACAGAACGUAAGACCAACCAGAGUUUUCAGGAUGGUGAACAAGAGCAUCAGCUCUCUUCAAAAAGUCUGCAUGAAGAACCCGUGCAUCCUGAAAGCCUGGGAGAAGAACCCGUGCAUCCUGAAAGCCUGGGAGAAGAACCCGUGCAUCCUGAAAGCCUGGGAGAAGAACCCGUGCAUCCUGAAAGCCUGCGUAAAGAACCUGUGCAUCCUGAAAGCCUGCAUAAAGAACCCGUGCAUCCUGAAAGUCUGGGUGAAGAAUCCUUGCAUCCAAAACCCAACCGUUCUCCAGGCAAAGAGGCAGGAAGAGCAGAUGCACAGUCAGGGAGUAGCUCUGUUGACCUCCCUGAGGAAGCGAGCAACAGACCCAGAGCUGCCCGGGGAGCCCAGAGUCUUAGUUAUUCCAGGGAACAGCUGGAGAGCCAGGGUACACUGAGGAGGCGGCUGGUGGAGCCAGAAGCUGGAAGUCACCCACAAGAAACAGCAGCAUUGGAAGAAAACGAAGAGAAUGCGCAGGAUGCCACAAGCAAGAGUAAUAAAAAGGAUGUUUUUAGCUACGGCUCCGCCGUCGUUCUUGGCUUCCUGGUUGUGAUUGUUUUGCUAAGCUAUGCUCAAAGCUACUGUUCCUCCCCAGCUCAGCAAGUGCUCAAGAAUCCAGCCUUGGAGGCCUUCCUGGCUCAGUUCAGCCAGUUGAGGGAUGCGUUUCCAGGCCAGAGUGCCUUUCUGUGGCAGAGAGGACAGAAGUUUCUCCAGAAGCACCUCAAUGCUUCGCACCCCACCGAGCCGGCCACCGUCAUAUUCACUGCCGCUCGAGAGGGGAGGGAGACCCUCAAGUGUCUCAGCCAUCGCGUCGCGGAUGCCUACACCUCCUCCCAGAAAGUCUCUGCCAUUCAGAUCGACGGGGCCGGAAGAACCUUGCAGGACAGUGACACCGUCAAGCUAUUGGUAGACAUGGAACUGAGCUCUGGAUUUGAGAACGGCAAGAAGGCCGCCGUGGUGCACCGCUUCGAGUCCCUUCCUGCAGGCUCCACCUUGAUCUUCUACAAGUACUGCGACCACGAGAACGCUGCCUUCAAAGACGUGGCCCUGGUCCUGACCGUGCUCCUAGAGGACGACACAUUAGAAGCAAGCGUCAGCCCAAGGGAAACCGAAGAGAAAGUGAGAGAUUUACUCUGGGCCCGGUUUACCAACUCGAACGCUCCCAACUCCUUCAACCACAUGGACUCGGAUAAACUGAGUGGGCUGUGGAGCCGCAUUUCACACCUGGUGCUCCCUGUCCAGCCAGUGAGGACCAUCGAGGAACAGGGCUGCCGGCUCUAAGCUAAGCACGGAGAGUUGGUAAUGGAAGUUUAUUAGGGUUUGUUAAAGACAGUUUAAAAGCCUUCCAUGUCUGUGGAAGGAGAUUGAUGAGGGUGAGGAAAUCGCCUGGAAUGCACAAGUGAGCUUAUUUUAGAAAACACAUCUUUUAGUUUUUACUUUUUGUAAAAUUUUUCUAAUCCAAGCUUGACGAAGGUAAAAGCUGACUUUUUUUUCUUGCUUUUCAAGCAAGUCAAAUUUGAAAUAUAGCACACUAUAUGUAACUGAGGAUUUUUAAAAAUCUAAAAAUAUAGCAGCAGAAUUAUUGCACAGGAAAAUAAUCUCAGAGUAACUACAGAGUGAUUUUUGUUUUCUUAAAUUUAUCUUUAUUAUUGACAGAAUUACAGAUGUCCCCAUUUUGAUUUUUGUUUUCUUGAGACUCUAAAAAUCCUUUUGGGUAGUAUUUGGACUAAAGCAAUUACAGUUAUGAAGCAGUGAUAAUUAACAUUUUUUCUAUCAUACAUUAAAUAUUCUUAAAAUACAUUUUAAUAGCUUAGUUGUGGGUUUACAUUUUACACUCAUUUGCAACUUUUAAUAGUAUGAAAAAAGGAAAUUUGUAUUCAAAUACCUAAAUACUAUAUCUAAGGCACUGUGCUUUUUUCUGUUAAUGAGCUGAAGUAAAAGCAGCUGUAUUCAAGAAAUGUUCUUAAAAAUUGGAGACAGUGGGGGAACUGUUUAUAAUCAUUGGGAAUGAAGAAAUUCUAAUUGGAUAUAUCUUUACCUCAGCCUUUUAAAAUUAUCUAGAGCAGAGAUUUCACGCUGUGUCCACUGCGCCCACCCCCUUUGUGUUAGAGCAGUUCUGUUUUGUGUUUCAUCGGGAUUCUCCGUAAGAUUUAAUUGGAACAGAGAGUCCCACUGAAAAUGAAGUUUGAAAACCACUAAGUGAGGAAACAUCUUAGAAGAUAGGAAUUGCGCAGACGGAAAUGAAUGUAUUAAAAUUCACGGCAGGAAGAGGAAAAGCAGAGGUUUACGGUAGAGACGCGCUCUUAUGAAAGGUAAAGGCCUGCAGGUGCAGCAGGAUGCUUAAAGCAGCAUUUUCUAGCAUGUUUCUGAUACCUUUGUUAAUUUCUGUGAAUCAUCAUUUCUGUCUCUCCCGAAUGGAAUUUUGUAAUUGUCUAGGAUGAGAGUGAGUGCCCUUUAAGAAAAAAGAUUUUAAUAACCAAUUGAAUAGAUUUUAUAAAGGUACAUUAGCAUAAAUUGGCCAUACGGCUGCCUGCUUGUUAAGUAGCGAUGGAACAUUAUAUAACGCACCUCAUUUCUUUAGCUGCUGGUUAGAAGUUCCGUUCAGUAGGUUAACCAUUCGAGAAAUGCCAGAGAUGUAUGCUUCGUGAGAGGAAGCAAAAAUGGUAGAUAGUGUCUAAGAGGUUCUAGUGUUCAGUGUAAUUAUUGGAUGGUGUUCUGUGAUUGUAGAAAGACUGAGACAGUGUUUAUGGAGACUGGAGUUUUUUUGUUUCACAUUUCAGCUCUGAAAGCAGAACUCUGGUAAAUGACCUUGACCUAAGGAAGGGUCUGUCCCAUGACAUGGCAGUCCUAUCCCCGUGCUCAUAUACUCCAGGAAUGUUUUGACUAGAUUUUAGGUUCUCUGCCCUCUAUGAGAGCCGACAAGUCACAUGAUUAAAGUAUGCAAGGAGUUUCAGAAACAGUAGGAAGGUACAGGUAUGUUUACUGAUAGCUAAAAAGUGAUCAUAAAGACGUGGGGGACAAAUUUAUUUGAAAAUAUCUGUCAUAGGAAAAACGGAUAAAUCUAUGCUAACCAAGGCCUUACUUGUGGACUAAAGGAACUAUUUUCAUUUGGGACUUUAUGAAGGAAUCUUCCAAUAGAGUUGAGAAAAGACCUGCCUGAGUAAAAAGUUAAAGUAUAGGGAAUAUAAUAUCAAUCCAAUAUAUACUCAGAGGAAAUUGAAGAAAAAUCUAUAUACCAUAUUCGAAUUUUUUUCUGUAUUUCUAGAUCUCAGAUGCUAGCUAGCAUUACAUCGCACAAGCCGAUGGUGCCUUGUAGAACUGUGACGCUGGCCAGCUGGCUGGGCUCCCUCAGGUCUGUAAAGAACCAGGGUGAAGUGUGCGUGUCUGACAUGCCAGUGACUCAGGUCACGGCUGAGACAAAGAUUCUUAUUUCUUUACUCAGUUGAAUAUGGUUUUUCAUCAUUUCCUUUUGAUAUAAUUUAGAAAAGGAAAUUUCAAAAAGUCCUAAUUUUGUUUGCUGUUUAGCCUUGUUAAAAAACACUUUCCUUCCAUGUAUAAGUGCAAUCAACUGAAACUGUUGUCAGUUUUCUACUGUUUCAAAAAUCAUUUUAAAAAGAAGCAGUCUAUUAGCUCUGGGUCUUUGAAAAAUGAUUAUUUUUAAAGCAUAAAAUUUUAUAUUUUUAAGUGAACAAAUAAAAUGUAUUAUCUAAUAGACUCAGGUUAAUUUCUACUCGAUUGUUUCUAUUUUUUACAUUUUUCAAGUUUCCAAAUUUUCUUUUGUGUGUCUAGUAGUUCAUCUUUCAUUACUAUAGUAGAUAUUUUGCUUACUUGACUUAUGACACCAUACAUGAUACCCAAACAUCACCAUUUAGUUAUUAUCACAGAACAAAUUGCAUCACAUUGUAUACGAACAUAAAUCACUUUUAGAUUGAUACCAGAGUUCUAGAAGCAACUGGUGGAAUCAGAAAUUGUCUCUGGGCUUGAGUUUUUUCCCCUGUGAGAUAGUUUUUAAGGGUUGGCAGAGAAGUUCCAGGGGAUUCAUAUCACUAAAGGAAGUAAUGAUACUGUGUCUGUUUUUUGAAUCAAUAAGGCUCAGCAUGCCUGUGACCCACCAUCCCCCAGCUAAGGACCCCGUUGAACAGUGCUAGCUGCUGAGGUGGUUUUGACCCUUUCACAGUUUUUAAUUGUCAGGUUUAUGUUUUCACCUGUUAAAGACAGACAGCGUAAUGAGCUCUGACAUUAAAAAUAACAAGCAAAUGCAGCAUGUGAAAGUGAUAAUUCAGCAACAGGACCUUCACCUGGAAUAUGUUGGUAUAUCUCUGACCAAAACUUUUAUGCAGCUUUUACAGGUCUCAGGCACUUCAAACACUAAUGUUAAAUAGAAAAUAUAAUUAUUAUACCUGCUUAGGGUUAUAAUUUAAUGGGAAUAAAGAAGUAUUUUCAAAUAGCAACAUGAAAACUUUUUAUCAUUUGAAAUUAAAACAUAAUUAUAAAAAGAAACCAGUACAUCUUUGUAAAGUAGUAUCAUUUUAUAAAAGCAGUUUUUAAUCUGUUUUUCAGGUUGAAUAUGUAAUUAAAUCAGUAUUCAUUUUUCUAUUUUGUUUACCAAUCAGAGCAGGAUAUAUUUAAUUUUAAAAUUUGUUGAAUAGUCAUAGUGGUUUUGUUUUUUCAAAAUUAAAGUACCUUGAGCACUGAGUAUCACUUGA